GCCUCGCUUCAGUCACAUGGCCCUGCAUGCCGGUGCGCGGCAUUGUGGGAGGGAGACAGACACGGCCCGGCGUGACGCGGCAGAAACAAGCGUAGAGCGGAACCGGCAACAUGGUGGGAGUGAAAGUGAUCGGUGGAGACGCCGAGUUCCAGCCCGAGCUGAGCGCUGCCGGGUCCAGAUUGAGCGUGGUCAAAUUCACCAUGAGAGGGUGUACUCCAUGUGUAAGGAUAGCGCCGGUGUUCAUAUCGCUUAGUAAUAAGUAUCCGCAAGCCAUCUUUCUGGACGUGGACGUACAUCAGUGCCAAGGAACAGCUGCUGCCAACAAUAUAUCAGCAACCCCCACGUUUUUAUUCUUCCGAAAUAAAGUAAAAAUUGAUCAGUACCAAGGCGCAGAUGCUUCUGGUUUAGAAGAAAAAAUUAAACAGCACUUAGAGAAUGAUCCGGGGAACAAUGAAGACACAGAUAUUCCUAAAGGAUACGAAGAUUUAAUGCCAUUCGUAAGCAAAGCCGGUUGUGAAUGUCUCAAUGAAAGUGAUGAACAUGGGUUUGAGAACUGCUUAAGGAAAGACCCGACGUACCUUGAAUCAGACUGCGAUGAACAGCUCCUGAUCACUGUAGCUUUCAACCAGCCAGUUAAAUUAUAUUCUAUGAAGCUUCAGGGUCCUGAUAAUGGCCAGGGUUCAAAGUAUGUCAAAAUCUUCAUAAAUCUGCCGCGAUCUAUGGAUUUUGAUGAAGCGAUGAGAAGUGAACCUACUCAAGCUCUGGAACUAACAGCAGAUGACAUAAAAGAGGAAAGCAUUAUACAGCUACGCUAUGUAAAGUUUCAGAAUGUAAACAGUGUAACGCUAUUUGUCCAGUCCAAUCAGGGUGAUGAGGAGACAACCAAAAUCACAUACUUUACUUUUAUCGGGACCCCAGUACAGGCAACAAAUAUGAACGACUUCAAGAGAGUUGUAGGGAAAAAAGGAGAGAGCCACUGAACACACCAAGGUCAGCAUCAGAGAAUGCUGGAUCUUCAAGAAAAGUGCGAUUGUUCAAGAGAGUUAAUGUUUCCUUCAGAAAAAAAUCCCAAUAAAUCAUUGAUUUUUGUUAAUCCGAGUUUCCUAACAGUGAUUUUAUUUGGACCUGGCUAUGCGCAUUUGUAAAUAAAUAAGACUGCUUUUGCCAAAUGACUUUGCGUCUGAAGAGUUUGAUGGGGGUCCGGUCCAUGUAACAUUCAGAAAUGUAUGGAAUUCGAGAACAUGUCGCUGUUUCACCCUAGAAAAA